AUGCGCGCCAGGGUGGGGGUGGGGGUGGGGGUGGGGGUGGGGGUGGGGAUGGGGGUGGAUGGCGGAACGGUGGAGGCGAGCGUCCGCGUGGCAACGCAGAUCGCAGUGCCGGGCGUGAGCCUCCCUGUCACCUUCAACACCCUCCGCUGCUUCAACCUUCCCCGGGCGGCGCGCAAGGCGGCGGGCGACGUGGAGGUGUGGUGGCACGGACUCACGGGCGGCAGCAAGGGCGGCGGUGGGUCGCAGGGGAAGGGCGACGGUGCGGCGUGCAAGCAGCUGCAGUUCUUUGCCAACCCGGCCUGCAAGGGCAAGGCGCUGGAUGCGGUGCUGCAGCCGCAUUUUGCCGCUCUUCGGAAAAUCUUCAACGUGCCGAGGUGGGUGGGUGGGUGGGUGAAUGGGUGGGUGGGUGGGUGGGUGAAUGGGUGGGUGGGUGGGUGGGUGGGUGGAUGGGUGGAUGGGUGGAUGGGUGGGUGGGUGGAUGGGUGGAUGGGCCAUGGUCAUGCCAUGUCGCAUCUCUCUGUACUCCCCCAUGUGGCAUCUCUCUGUGCUCCCCCAUGCGGCAUCUCUCUGUCCUUCCCCAUGCGGCAUCUCUCUGUGCUCCCCCAUGCGGCAUCUCUCUGUGCUCCCCCAUGCGGCAUCUCUCUGUGCUCCCCCAUGCGGCAUCUCUCUGUGCUCCCCCAUGCGGCAUCUCUCUGUGCUCCCCCAUGCGGCAUCUCUCUGUGCUCCCCCAUGCGGCAUCUCUCUGUGCUCCCCUAUGCGGCAUCUCUCUGUGCUCCCCCAUGCGGCAUCUCUCUGUGCUCCCCCAUGCGGCAUCUCUCUGUGCUCCCCCAUGCGGCAUCUCUCUGUGCUCCCCCAUGCGGCAUCUCUCUGUGCUCCUCCAUCCUGCCAGCCAGGCGCCACCUGCCAUAA